AUGGCCUUUCUCACUAUUCCAAAUGGUAGAAAAUGGAAAGUCAAGUUGACACAACAUGCUGGGGGGGUUUGGUUUCAAAAUGGUUGGUCUGAAUUUGCAAGCUCUCAUGGUGUAGCCGUGGGGCACUUGCUGGUUUUCAAAUAUGAAGGAAAUUCACACUUUGAUGUACUCAUAUUUGAUGCCACUGCAACAGAAAUAGACUAUACUUUAGAUGACGAACUCCAAGUUCAUAGGAUCGAAGAUGAUGAGAGUGAUGACAGCUCUGUUGAAAUCAUCAAACACUUUUAUAGGGGAGAGGGUUCAGGAUCAGCCCAUCCUAAGAAAGACGGUGGUGUAGCUAAAAAUCUUGUUAUAGCCAAUGCUUUUAAAUCAGAAAAUCCCCUUUUCACUGUUAUCAUGCGUCCAUCCUACGUUAAUGGCAAGGAUCGUGCGAGUUUACCCCAAGACAUUAUCAACUACUUACCGAGAGACGGGUUUACCAAGGACUACACCAAAGCAAGUAUACUCCUUGUCAAGCUCCAGAUUGUGGACCGAUUAUGGCCUGUGAAGCUAUACAUUUAUGAACGAAGUGGGGGUUCAUCAUGUGUCGUAUCAGCUGGUUGGUCUGCAUUUGUGAGGGAAAAUAGUUUGCGAGUAGGAGGUGUUUGUGUAUUUGAGCUGAUUAUGAGGGACGGUGUUGUGUUAAACGUCCACAUUUUCAAGUGCCAAGACUAA